UAUCACGUCAUGUGCUAACCAGGGAAAGGACGAUGGAAGAUCUCUUUCAUUGUCUUAGCCGGGUUAGCAAUCAUUUUAAACCGGUGAUUAGGCGAAAGAAGUAUCUCUGCUAGUUGCCAACGUGAGAUGCCGCGAUCUUUUCUUGUGAAAAAUCAACAAAGGUCAAAAAGACGGACAGAUGACAGUAGCCCAGAUGAUGAAGAUGUGCGGGGUUUAGACGGCGGCUCAAGCGCAACAUUUUACCGAUAUCCAGCCGAAUCUGCAGAUCACAUCGACGUAAGUAAUUCCUUUGCCCAGAAUGACAAUCAUAGUUCCGCACGCACUGGGGUCAGCGGGAACGCGCAUGGUCUUCAUGCUCUGGCUGAUAUAUGUCUUAUGAAACAACGAGAAGAGCUAGCACAAGAACCACACUUUUCUAUUCAUGGACAACCAACGCAGGAAUCUACCUUCGCGCAUGCUCGUGAGGACACGGAACCGUUUCCAGAGGAGGUUUUAAGGACUCUCUGCCUCAUGCGCAACACGAGUGCAGAUCUAAAAAGACUCCUAUCGAUUCCUGCGGAUGAUACAUGUGCAAAAAAUGGACAGUUUGCGAACGAUGUCGAAACACGACGGAGUGGGGAUGUUAAGUCGCAAAAACAGAAUAACAAAGCUUCACCAGGGCAAAGGUUGGAUAGGGAACUUGAAAAGAUGCUGAAGGGGAACCAAGAGGUCAUUCAAAGAGAGCUAAAAGAUUUUCUUGACAAUAAUCGCUUCAGCGAAAAAGAAAUUGUCAAAGAGACAGGUUUGACAAUAGUCGAUGCAUCGCGAUUUUUACUUGAUGCCUGGCAUACCAAGGAAGAAAAGCGAGAGAUAUUUUUCAAGUGGUAUCUGCAAAAGAAAUUAUGUAGCAAAGACAGUGAAAGCUUCACGUGUUACAAGUGCGGUAAGAUCUUUGCCUAUGAAAGUUAUUUGGAGCGCCAUGUAAAGUAUGUUUGUCCAGACAAGACCGGGCGUACUUGGAAAUGCACGUACUGCGUGAAGGCAUUUCAAUAUCCUUGCUAUUUGAGGAGACACAUGCGUUCACACACAGGUGAGAGUCCAUAUAAAUGCACACAGUGUUCUCGUGCAUUUGUUCGUUCUACGGAUCUUCAACGUCAUCUUCGCAAUCAUACUGGGGAGAAACCUUACAAAUGUGGGGAGUGCCUCAGGGCUUUCGCUCGGUCCACUGACCUCAAGCGACAUUUCAGAACACAUACUGGAGAGAAGCCUUAUAAAUGCUGGCAUUGCUCUAAGGCAUUCUCUCAAUCUGGUUCGCUACAGACACAUUUACACACUCAUUAUAAGGAGGCGUUACAGAAGAAGGACAUGGUCGCAGCAGAAAGGCUCAAAAACAGCAUCAGAAAGAAGCUGGUGAAUAAAGUGGUAACUAGUAGUGCAACUUAGAACCAAAUGGUAAGGCAACUACGGUCCACUAUUUCGUGCAUCAUUUUUAUGAUGAUUAUCUAAGAUAUUUUGUAUUCUUUUUAUGGUACUAACGUUCCGGGAGCAAUCUGUAUUAUUAUAGCAAACUCCUGGUGCGAUAUAUGUAAAUUGCCCUAAAAGUAGUAGUAUACGUAGAAUACGUCACCAGCCACUUUCCAUACGCUUGGUGACAGGACUUCGCUACUGUGGAAAUCUAUCCCAUUUGUACAUAAAGAUGAAUAGAUCAUCGGUAACAGUAGAUAAGUUUGUAAAUAUAAAUUUGAAGAUAAACUUAAAUAAAAAAAUUAUUAAAUGUGUAAAUAUGUAAUAAACAAUAACAAGUUAUGUGGGAUUAUUUAAGUAGCAGCGGGCAAUUACAAUCAUGCUUAACUCCAAUUCAUUAACAAUUCAUUAAUUAAUUUAAAUUUCAUAAUGAAAUCAUUGGUAUACUUAUUGAAGUAUGGAAGACGUUUAAUCAAUAUGUGCAUCAAAAGUAAUUCUUAAGAAAAAAACGCAAUCGAUACAGUUUAAGAUGGCGGUAUUUUGGAUCACCAAAAUGAAGUUCUUAUCCAUUUGUCUGUACUAAGGAUUUCACUGACAUUCAUCCAGCCUUAUUAUAUCUUUAUUAGUUCAAAUUCUAGUGUUCACUUUUGAAUGCACAGAUUCUUUCCCAGUGUGGAAACGAAAAUGUUUGGAAAUAAAGUUCAGUCAUGUGUGACAGUCAUGAUAAGUCAGCCUGCAAGUUGUAAAUAUUAUUUCGUUAUAUCCAAUAGAUAAUUUAAGAUUUAUUAACU